ACGAUCGUCUGUGGCUCACAUGUGCCAAUCACAGUGCGCUGGUACCGUUCUACGUUCUACAACAUGACCAUUCUGGGUCUAUGCAACCUUGCGGCUCCUGGUAUCUGGACUGCCAUGAAUUCCCUGGGAGCAGGUGGAGCUCAGAGGCCAUACCUGGUCAACACUGCAAAUGCCUUGACGUUCUGUCUUAUGGUUGUAUCCUGCUGGGUAUCCAGUGCCUUGGUGCACUAUAUUGGAAUCAAGGGCGCUCUCAUCUUUGGAACUAUCGGCUAUGCGCCCUAUGCCGCUGGUCUAUACGCAAACAAUCGUUUUGGUAAUGAGUGGCUUGUAAUCCUCGGUGCUGCACUCUGCGGUAUCUCCGCCGGCGUGUUUUGGAUGGCUGAAGCUGCCAUUGCCAUCGCGUAUCCAGAACCAUGGAACAGGGGCAAAGCUCUUGGGUACUGGCUUACCUAUCGUCUGUCCGGACAGAUCAUCGGUGGAGCGAUCAACCUCGGCUUGAAUGCAGACCGCUCCGAGGCCGGCAAGGUUUCCUACACGGUCUUCAUCAUCUUCAUCACUAUCCAGGCUCUGGGACCCUUCUUCGGCAUGCUCCUUACACCACCUAAGAAAGUUGAACGUUUGGAUGGAAAGAAGGUCAAUCUAAGAAUUGAUGGAAGCCCCUGGCCUGAGAUUAAGCGAACUACGAAGCUUUUCUUCACCAAGGACUUCCUUCUUAUUCUAUUCUUCAUUGGUCAAGCCGUAUUCUCGGAAGCAGUGUUUUUCACUUACCUAUCCUUAUGGUUUAGUGUGCGCGCAAGAGCACUGGGAUCUUUCCUUUCCGGCAUAGUGGCUGUCACUGGAGGCAAUCUGCUUGGUGCCUGGAUUGAUCGCACCACAAUCCCUUUGAAGGUCCGAGCCAGGUAUGCGUUCUGGGUCAUCGUUACCUUGCAAGGCGCCUGGUGGACUUGGGCCACAGUCUUGGUCACCAGAUAUCACCAAACUCGGCCCACGUACGAUUGGUCUAGUCCUGGCUUCGGUGCUGGAUUUGGUGUCUUCAUCUUCCUUACCCUGGGCUUCCAACUGAACUACCUAUUCUUAUACUUUAUUGUUCAGAACCUCUCAACCGACAAGCAGGAAGUCAUUCGGUAUUCGGCCAUUCUGCGUGGAGCAGAGUCUGCUUGGCAAGCUAUCAGUUAUGGAAUUGGAUCCCAGGUGAUCAUUGCCGAGGUUGGGGCCGUCUAUCUCAACUUUGGUCUCUGGGCGGUCGCCAUCCUUCCCGCCUGGCUUGUUAUUCGGAAACUGGGUACCAAGGACCAUGUCCUUUCCGAAACUGAUGAAUCAGAAACCCCCAGUGAGAUUGGCCAAGUCAAUGUUGAGCCUGAUACAAAGAGAGGUUGA